AUGUCAUUUGAUAGUGUCGUGGGCGACUAUGGCCAAUCUGACAACUCACUCGUGGCUCUACUAGACAAGGAGCAUACCACUUCGAUUACCGUUCAAGCGCGAAUCCUACGCACGUCAUUUCUCAAAAGUUCUGUGGUGGUACCUGAAUUCAGCAAGGCUUCAGCUUUCAAAGCUACCCUUGAAGUCCUAUACUGUCAAAAAGGCUUGUUCGAUAUCCUCUAUUAUAGGAUCUUCUGUCUAAACAUACAAGCUCUCGGCGCUGCAAUUAUCCUAGGUGCCAUAUUUAUCAUGUAUUCUUAA